AUGUCUGUGACGCCAGAGAUAUUGUCCCUUGUGGACCCGACAGUCGCUCAGUUGAAAAGAAGACAAAUUGAAGGAACCAAAGACAUAGCAUUAAGUAUUUCACAACUACUCAUGAGAGUGAUCUCUACUGCAAGAUGGACCAACCCAUACGACCUUAUUAAAAUCAUUAGGAAGGUAGGAACCAUUCUUAUUUCAGCACAGCCCAAAGAAGUCGUCGUAGGUAAUGUAGUGAGACGUGUUCUUGCCCUCAUCAGAGACGAGAUAGAGACAGAAGCAACCUCUUCAUCCACUACGGCAUCGGCUUCCAAAGACACUCCAAUGAUGAGUUCAAUGUUUUCUUUGCUCUCCACUAAUAAUAACGAUUCCAACUCGGAAAUCCAUCAUCAACUGAAGAAGCAGAGCAGCGAUUUGCGUUCUAUCAUCAUUCAGGGUAUAAGAGACUUAAUUGAUGAGAUUUCUAAUGUUAACGAAGGUAUUGAAUCGAUGUCUGUCGACUUGAUUCAUGAUAAUGAAAUUCUUUUGACCCCCACACCAAGCUCCUCCACAGUGUUGCAAUUUUUAAUUAAGGCAAGAGCUAAGAGAAAGUUUACAGUAUUAGUUACUGAAAACUACCCCAAUGAUAUUGCCAGGGCCAGGAAAUUCGUGAAGACGUUGGCAGAGAAUAAGAUUGAGACCGUGUUGAUACCAGACUCAGCUACGUUCGCAGUGAUGUCAAGGGUCGGUAAGGUCAUCAUUGGAUCUAACUCUGUAUUUGCCAAUGGUGGCUGCUUAACCAACUCUGGGGUUGCUAACGUUGUUGAGUGUGCAAAAGAGCACAAGACUCCUGUCUUCGCAGUUGCCGGGUUGUACAAGCUUUCGCCAUUGUAUCCAUUCAAUAGAGAAGACUUGAUAGAAGUGGGAAAUUCCGGGAAGGUGUUGAAUUAUGAUGAUCACAAAUUAAUAGAUAACGUUGAAGUAAUCACGAACCCCCUAUAUGACUAUGUUCCACCUGAACAUAUUGAUAUUUAUCUUACUAACGUUGGAGGUUUUGCUCCGUCAUUUAUAUAUAGAAUAGUCUUGGAUAACUACAAGACCGAAGAUACCAAUCUUGAAUAA